GAGUCGACGAGAGCCAGCUACAAGAACCUCUACAAGUGGCCGGAGUCCGAUGCCGAGUUCGUGAAGUCGAUGGCGGCGGGAAGAAGAAGAGGGGAGAGAGGUGACCCCAGCGGUCUCAACAGCGGCACCAACCUCGAAGAAAGGAGGCGGCCGAGUGCAGGCCCGAGCGUGGUCGAUAGCUACUCAUGCCGCCAGUUGUACCUGAGAAGCUACGUCUUCACCAAGGAGGAGACGGUCUCAGAGAAGAUGAAGCGGCACUGCUUCAGAAAGGAGAAGAAGACGGCCGCAGUCUUGCCCAUCUUCGCCAGCGGGAGCACCGUGAGCAGUGGCGGCGCCAACGUCGAUACCAAGGGUAAUGGGAAGCAUAAGAAGACGAAGAAGGAUUGUGCGGCUCUAAUGAAGCUAAGAGAUUUCUUGCAUCGCCUCCUCUGCACCGCCGGCGUCGACGUGGUGGAUAGAGAUUGAAACGUCGUUUUAGAUCAAAGGACUCACCAUCUUUUCUUCUUCUUCUUCUUCUUCUUCUUCUUCUUCAUAUGGAGUUAGAAGGACGUCAGGAAGGAAUCAUGUAGGAAGCAGACGUCUUCUCUCUCAAUUCCGUCAAAGAUUGGUGUGAAGAACAGAGUCUAGUGAUCAGCUUUUACAUAUUGUUCUCAAUCUUUAGCUAUUGGAUUGAAAGAAAGGAUGAACAGCUAAAGUUACCUCAAGAGAAAAAUCC